AAUACUCCAGCAGUUCAAGAUCGUAGACAUGGAGCAGUACUUUAUAUGCCAUCAUUUAUUUCUGUACGUAAUCUUAGAAAUCAAAUUAUUGCUCGAAUUAAAAAUAAACUAUCUGAUAUAACAACUUUUGAUAAUAUUGCAAUUCCUUCUGAAAGAUGGAUUAGUUAUCAGUUUCUUCCUAAAAAUCCUUGGGUUAAAACUAUUUUUGCUAAUGAUAAACAUAAAAUUCCUAUAGAAGAAAAUACUGCAACUUCAACUGGUAUAUGUAAUCGUCAUUCAGCUAUUCCUGCAAAUACAACUUUAGUAGCUAAUAAUCAUGAUUUUACAAAAUUAUCUUUAACACCAUCUGUAACAAUGAUAGUUAUAAUACCAGAUGAUCCAAUAGAAUUAUUUUAUAAUG